UUAUGUCACAGAGUUUGUAGAUUUGGGCAAUGUCUCUGCUCUACAGACAUUCCGUGUUCUUCGAGCGCUAAAAACUAUCACCGUCAUUCCAGGUCUAAAAACAAUUGUGGGAGCUUUGAUCCAGUCUGUGAAGAAGCUUGCUGAUGUGAUGAUCCUCACUGUGUUCUGUUUGGCGGUCUUUGCCCUCAUUGGCCUGCAACUCUUCAUGGGGAACCUGCGACACAAGUGUGUUCGAUGGCCACCUUUUCCCAAUGACACCCUGC